CGCCGCGGCGGCCGCAGGGCUGGGCGAGAACGGGAGCGGAGGCCGGUGCCAGCGCAGGCUGUCCCCGGGAAGGGCUCUCUCCGGGCAGGACGAGCCCGGAAAGCGGCUCGCAGGGAAGGCUCUCCCGGGCGGGCUGUCCCCGGGGAGCGCCGUCAGCCCCGCCGCCAUGUCGGGGGCGCGCGGGGCUCCCCCAUGGCCGUGACGCGCGUUGCCAUGGCGACGGCCGGGCGGCGUUGGGGGGGUGGCGGGAUGACAACAAAUAUGGCGGAGAGGAGCAGGACGGCAGAGACGGGCAGUGCCAUGGGAAGUGAUGAUAUCAUAGCAGGGAACGUGAGCAAAUACAUUGUUCUCCCAGCUGGUUACUGUGGACAGCCAAAAAAAGGACAUCUUAUAUUUGACGCCUGUUUUGAAAGUGGGAACCUUGGCCGGGUGGACCACGUCACAGAGUUUGAGUAUGACCUCUUCAUUAGGCCAGACACCUGCAACCCUCGCUUCCGAGUCUGGUUCAACUUCACUGUGGAAAACGUGAAGGAAUCACAGAGAGUGAUUUUCAAUGUUGUCAACUUCAGUAAAACAAAAAGCCUCUACAGAGAUGGAAUGGCUCCAAUGGUGAAAUCCACAAGCCGACCAAAAUGGCAGAGAAUCCCCUCCAAAAACGUGUAUUACUACCGCUGCCCAGACCACAGGAAGAACUAUGUCAUGUCCUUUGCUUUCUGCUUCGACCGAGAGGACGACACUUUCCAGUUUGCCUACUGCUACCCCUACACCUACACUCGCCUCCAGCACUACCUGGACAACCUCCAGAGGAGGAACAUGGACUACUUCUGCAGGGAGCUGCUGGGGCUCAGCGUGCAGAAGCGGCGGCUUGACCUCCUGACAAUAACCAGCCCCGCAAACCUGCGUCCAGGGGCUGAACAGAAAGUGGUGUUCAUCACUGCACGGGUCCAUCCUGGGGAAACUCCCUCCUCCUUUGUCUGCCAAGGUAUAAUUGAUUUCCUGGUGAGCCACCAUCCGGUUGCAAAAGUACUGAGAGACCACCUGGUCUUCAAGAUUGCUCCCAUGCUCAAUCCUGAUGGAGUUUACCUGGGAAAUUACAGGUGCUCCCUGCUGGGGUUCGAUCUGAACCGGCACUGGGCAAACCCCUCCCCGUGGGCUCACCCCACCCUGCACGGCGUGAAGGAGCUCAUCAUCGACAUGUACAACAACCCGAAGAUUAACCUGGAGUUCUAUAUCGACAUCCAUGCCCACUCCACCAUGAUGAAUGGCUUCAUGUAUGGGAACAUCUUUGAAGAUGAGGAAAGAUUUCAGCGACAAGCUGUUUUUCCCAAGCUACUCUGUCAGAAUGCUGAAGACUUCUCUUAUACAACAGCCAGGAGCACCAGCUGCUCUGGCUCUGCCCUGCUGCUGGCCAGGAGAACAGAGGUACCCUCAGGAGGGACAGACCCAUGGAACCAUCCCCAGGCACAGUGGUGGGAGCUGGAGAAGCAGGACAAGAUCGUUGGAGAGAAAAGCAGUGUCAGGAGUCAUCCUCAGCCACUACUAGACCUGACUGGCCGGAUUUCUGCAGAAGUAAAGACUGUCAUAUCAGUUUGACCUUCCUUACAAAUAAAUAAACAAACGAUAAAGAGAUCUCACAGUGAUGCGUGAACCUGAUGUCUCAUGCUCACUUGUUUUGAUGUGUCUAAUGUAAGUGGGCGGGUAAUAAAAGCUUCAUUUAGAAGCCACUGUUUUCAACAGCGCUGCUGGAAGCCCCUGGGAUGCUGCACUUCUGGAAUUUUCCUCUAAUGGAAACAUCAGCAGAUAGCUAUUGAUAAAGCAGAACGUGCACAGACGCACGCAGAAGAACCCAGCAAUGGUUUAUCUUCCUGGACUGCUGGGUGUUGGAUGCAAAGGUCUCUUCAGGCUCCCUGGGCUCUGUACUCACCUCAGCUGCUGCCCUGCUGAAAUGCUCCUCCAGGGCAGUGCCCUAGAGCACCAUGUGGUUGUUGCAGCCUGUGUAGGCAUCAGUUCAAAAUAAGCAAAUAAAGGAGCCUUCAGCCCCCACAGCACGGCUGUGGAUCAUGGGGUCCACUGGAUAUCUCCCAGCUGGACAUUACCCUGUAGGUGAUAAGGAGAUGCUGCUCUGUAACAGGCAAACUAAUGCUGACUUUUCACAAGGACAGCAGAUUCACCCCAUGGACAUGUUGUCUGGGAUAUUGUUUUUCAAUGCAAUCCACAGGUUAUUCAACUUCUUUGUAAGCAGCCGAGUCUUCAGGAAGGUCUGGUUCCUGUGCCCCUGAGGUCUCCAUGGCAGCUUUGAUGUGCAGCUCCUGCCUAAUGCUGGGUUUAGGGGUCAGCUGAAGGAGAAAUCAUGUCUAGUGAGGAGAGAAGACACACCAGAGUUACUGCUGAACUCGUUAAGGUAACCUACUGUCCUUCCAGGCUGGUGCAAAAUCACCAUUUCAGGUCCUGAAUACAACACAGAGAGAGAACAGUGAAUUCUCCCACGACACUCUGGGGGUCAGAGCUAAAGGUGUGGAGGGCUGCAGCAUUAAUCCCAACCUUCAGUACACUGGUCCAUGGCAGGUUCACACCAUGGUAUAGCUGACCUUGUAUCCUGGAUACAGAAAUACUGCCUGUAUCCAAGCAUUUUAAGGUAAUUAUUUUCCCUGAAUGUGGAAAUUGGAAGGCCCCUUUUGUCUGGUGUAUUAUUUCAUGAGAACCACAGGGAUCUGCAGCCAGGCAUGGGGGAAAGGGAGAUUGUUUGCUCCUGUCUGUGUUUUUAUGCAGCAUCUGCCUGUGAAAACAAGAAGCAAACAAGAUGACCCUCACCUUAUCUGCCUCUGUAAGUCAUUUUUGCCUGAAGCCUGAGCUCUGUGGGAUGGUUGAUGUAA